GCUGCAGCAGCAUUACUUGAAUCUUGUUGAAGAUGGCAAUGGUGCCCAGGAAGUUGCAAUCCCACUUUUUUUCAGCAUCAGAUGACAGUACAAUGACCAAACAAAUUCGUGCCACUCAUGCUCCUGUUGAUGAUGAACGCAUUGAUGUUAGGCCUCUUCUUAAUGUGGUUCAACACAUUUUCAACUCUGCUGCUUCUAUCAUCCCUGGCAUUGUUCAGGGAAAGCCAGCAAAAUUGGAUGGCUUAAUGGAUAGCUUCCAACAAUCUGAGUUAACUGACAUGCUAGAUAUCACCUCCCACACAAUUAACAAAGUUUCUUGCGAGAUAUCUUGCAAGUGUUUGAGUGGUGGAGAUGCACAUGCCACAACCAUGGGGAUACUAAGCAUGCUGUCAAGGUAUUCAUGGGAGGCCAAGGUGGUGAUAGCAUUGGCCGCAUUCGCGACCAACUUUGGCAAGUUCUGGCUUCUGGCUCAGGUUCAUGCCACCAACCCUCUUGCCAGGUCUGUUGCAAUGUUGAAGCACAUCCAUGAAACGCUGGAACAAGUGAAUGAAUUGGGACCCAAGUUUGAAGCAAUCAGCCACCUUCUCAAGGCCAUGUUGGAUGUAACCAACUACAUUAUGCAGUUCCAUGAGCUUCCCUCUCAGUACAUUGACCCUGAAGCACCAGAGACACUAGCUGCCUCCAAUCUUAUUCCAAGUGCUGUCUAUUGGACCAUUCGGAGUAUCAUCGCCUGCGCAACACAGAUUCUAGGCAUCAUUGGCCUUGGUCAAGGAUUCAUGUCAUCAACAAUAGAGACUUGGGAACUUUCAAGUUUGGCUCAUAAGCUCAGUAACAUAAACAGCCACCUUCUUAAGCAACUUGACCUCUGUCGUCAACAUUUAGAUGAUAACAAACAACGAGAAGCAUUUGAAACACUUCAGAUCCUUUUUCAGACAUCCCACCCUGACAACAUGAAGAUUCUCAAAGCCUUGAUUUACAAUAAGGAUGAUAUGUUGCCAUUGUUUGAUGGCUCUACCAAACAACGGGUUAGCAUUGAGGUGCUGCGGAAGAAAAUUGUGUUACUCUACAUAACAGACCUCCAUCAUAUUUCUGAUCAAGAAAUCAUGAUCAUUGAACAAAUGUAUCAAGAAUCACGCCAGGAAUCGAGCAGGUUUGAGAGCCAAUACGAAUUAGUUUGGAUCCCAAUUGUGGACAAGGGAACCCCAUGGACAGAAGAGAAACAAAACAAGUUUGUGAAGCUGCAAUCUAUGAUGACUUGGUACUCACUCUACGACCCUUCCAUGUUGGAGCCAGCAACCAUCAGGUACAUAAAAGAGGUGUGGCUUUUCAAUAAUGCCAAGCCAAUAAUUGUAGUUCUGGAUCAGCAAGGAAAGGUUGUUAACCUGAAUGCAAUACACAUGAUGUGGAUUUGGGGAAGCUUGGCUUAUCCUUUCUCCAGUUCAAGGGAGGAAGCAUUGUGGAAGCAAGAAUCAUGGCGGCUUGAACUGUUGGCAGAUACAAUUCAUCCAUCUCUCUAUGAUUGGAUAGCACAAGGCACAUACAUAUGCUUGUAUGGAGGGGACGACAUAGAGUGGAUUCGGAAGUUCACAAGGAAGGCACGAUCACUGGCAGAAACUCUCAAGUUACCACUGGAGAUGAUCUAUGUAGGGAGAAGCAACCCAGGAGAAAAGGUUCGAAAAAUCAACACGGUCAUUGAAGAAGAAAAGUUAAGCAACACACUCCCUGACCCUGCGCUUACCCUUAUAUGGUUCUUCUGGGUUAGGCUGGAGAGCAUGUGGCACUCAAAACUGCAGCAGGAAAAGAAAGUGGAAAAUGAUGAGAUAAUGCAUGAGAUAAUGAGGAUUCUAGGCUUUGACAACAGUGAGCAAGGGUGGGUUGUGAUGAGCAGAGGCACAGAGAAUAUGAUGGCAAAGGGAAAGGGAGACACAUUCCUGAAUUGCCUCAAUGACUAUGAUCAAUGGAAGGACAAGGCAGAGGACAAGGGGGUUUUGCCUGCAAUGGAUGAUUAUAUUCAAGGAUUGCAAACCCCACAUCAUUGUAACCGCUUGAUACUGCCGGGAACCAAUGGCAGAAUCCCAGAUAAGGUGGUUUGUGUCGAAUGCGGCCGUCCCAUGGAAAAGUUCUACAUGUAUCGCUGCUGCACAGACUGAAAUAUCAAAUCAACUUCAUAUUUCAUAUGUAUGCUUACGCCAUUUGAACCCCCUUUUUCUUGUUAAUUUAGACCCAAGCACCAUACAAAAUAAAAGUCUACUCUCCAAAAACGUGAGUCAGUAAUAUUUUUCAAUUUAGCAUGUUC